CAAGAUGGCGGAAAGACAGUCUUGAUUUAAUGAGUUGUCAUAAAAAACAUCAAAAUCUCGUGAUAUUGAAUCGGCAUCAACAAAAACUCGUCAACAUAAUAUCAAGACAUUGUUUGGAAAUCAGUAGCAGUCGGACCUGACCCUGUCACCAUGCGUCGUGGACGUGGCCCAGCCUCCGCCUCCAGCACCACCUCCUCCAGCUCCGCCCUGUUCGGCGGGGAGUCGGCCACCUCGUCCCCCGCCCUGGACACCCGCAUCCCAGACCUGCUGAAGGAGCUGCACCAACUCAUACAGCAGACACAGGAGGAGCGGGCCCGAAGUGAGCACAACCUCACCAACAUUCAGAAAACACACGAGAGAAUACAGUACGAACAGAAGGGCAAGUCCAAAGGUACAUCAACAGCUGUGUCUCCGUACUUCAAGAGUAAGCUGCGAGGUUUGUACAGUACAGCAAAGGCCGAUGCUGAAGUGGAGGCGGACCUGCUGAGAAAAUGCUUGGACAAGAUUGCUCAAAUUAAGGCCAUUCGGAAUGAGAGGAGAAUAGCUGCAAAGAGUGCAGGGAUUUUUAUGGAACAAGAACCACCAAGGAAAACCAUGCGGCGUGGUGUGCUGAUGACCCUCCUACAGCAGUCAGCCAUGACCUUACCACUGUGGAUAGGCAAACCUGGAGAGAGCCCCCCUCCCCUGUGUGGUGCAGUCCAGGCAGGUUCAGACUAUGUAGCUAAACCAGGAGACAAGGUGGCGGCCAGAGUCAAGGGGCCUGACGGGGACGAACAGUGGAUCCUGGCAGAAGUCGUGUCCUUCAAUACAGGCACCAACAAGUAUGAAGUUGAUGACAUCGACAGUGAAGAAGGGAAAGAGAGACACACCCUGAGUCGUAGGAGAGUUAUCCCACUGCCACAGUGGAAGGCCAACCCAGAGACAGACCCAGAGGCACUUUUCCACAAAGAUACGUUGGUGUUGGCCUUGUACCCACAGACGACGUGCUUCUACAGAGCCCUGAUACAUGCCCCACCUACAAGGCCACAGGAUGACUACUCAGUGCUGUUUGAGGACACCUCCUACGCUGAUGGCUACUCCCCGCCCCUUACCGUGGCUCAGAGAUAUGUGGUGUCGUGUAAGGAGAGCAAGAAGAGAUAGUCACACCCCUGGAACGUCAAGACUCUAUUUGUACAUGUACCCGGUAGCAUCAUUAUGCUGUGGACCACAGGACUACUAGCCUGGUGUCUAUCCUAUUCUAGCUCUAGUUCACCCUUACAAUUGCCUUCCUUCCUGAAUAGUAUGUCACCUGUUUAUAGAGAAGCGAUUGGCAUUUAAAUAUUCACUUGAAAUAUAAGCAAGAGUUCUGAUUCACUGUAUAUUUCCUGUGCAAAUUUUUUUGAUUCAUUAAACAAUGGAGAAGUAAUGUAAGAACCAAACGUUUCAAUGGGGACAGUGCCAGACUAUUCUGCAUGGAAGUGACCAAAGUAACGAACCAGAGCUAGAUUAGAAUGAAUACCAGGCAACCGGACUAGUGGAUCACUUAGCACUUAUCAUUUGUACAUAGCUGCCCUCUAUGUUAGUAUAUAAACUAACACAUGAUAUUAUACAGUCAUGUAGUCAUAACAGAUACUUGUAUUAUCUGUGGUAGGACUGAACUGCAAGCAACUUCUCACCAUCAAAUCAACAACUUGCCUUCCACAUGGUGUACAUGUAUGUGAGAUGUCCAACAAAGAAUCUAGUAGUCAUUGUAAAGCUUGAUAUGCUGAGCAGAAGGCUGAUUCACUUUUCCUCUAACAAUACGUCAACAAUUUAUUGUUGACGUAUUAUUAUUAUUGUGCACUGUAUAUUCCAGUGUAUCGUUAGUUUUUUUUUCACAUAUUCGCAGUGUAUACGAUUAGCCCUUUUUAUGUGCCUGUAGAGUUUGUAUAAAUGCAUUUACUUUGUAUGAAAUUCUUUGAACAUCAAUAAAGUACCGUAUAUAACGUUA